AUGCUCACAGACGGGGCAUGGAGGGAGUUCUCCCUGAGAAGGAGAUACUUAAGGUGUGGGAAUCCAGCGCACACCGGGAGGUCCCUCAGCCGGUUGGCACUCAGGUCCAGGGCCAGGAGGGAGUCCAGGGCUAGCAGGGUCUCUGGUACAGUGGAGAUCUGGUUGUUCUGGAGGUCCAGGGUGGCGGUGCCGUUCGGCAGGCAGCUGAAUACCGACUCGCUCAGCCCAUUGGAGGAUAGGUUCAGGUGGACAAUGUUCGGUGGCCAGUGGCAUUCCUGGCCGCUGUAAACCAACGAGUUGAGGCUGAGGUCCAGGUGACGCAGAGAGCUCAUGUUCUGGACCCUCUUGCUCAGGGUUUGAAGGUUCUUGAGGUUGUUCCCUCUCAGAACCAGGAUGUCCACUUUAUUCAGGGUUGUACACUCUAUAGUGACUUGCUGUUCUACUCUGGAGAAGACCGUAUCAGUCAGGGCGCAAUCUGAUAAGUCUAACUGCAGUAUUCCGCUGGGAAACUUGGGGCAGGUCAUGUGUAUGAUGGACGUCUCAGUCAUCGCCAGGCACUCCACAGGCAUGUUGAUGAAGAAGUUACAGAGGGAUUCCAGGGAGAAGAGAAAGGUAACCACCCCCGCUCGUCUGGCAGAGAAGGAUUUAGUGUGGGAUGUGCCUCUUCCUGGGGUGUCAAAGUAAGGUGGAUUGUGGAUUGCCACGUCUGAAGUGCUCAGGUGGAUGAUGGGGGAUUCGAACACAGCGUUUAUGGUGUUUGUCAGGUCCUUCCAGGUGAUGGCCAUAUUGGUCAGGUAAAGAUGUGUGGUGUUGACUGCCCCUCUCUCCUUCACAAGUUCCACCAGGUAACUGUGGUAGCCCUUGAGGUUCAUACCCAUCAGCUCGACCUUGUCAAACAUCAACAGGGCAUCUGCGAUCAGAUCUCGAUCGGUGGGUUUGUUCGUCAGGCCAAUGCUGACCUUCUCUGCCUGGACAUCACUCAGGCUGCCACUCUCAUAGGCUGUGAGAUUCUCCAGACGAAGGGUCAAAGUUUGCAGGUGUACGUCAGUGAUGUUGAUGAAAUCCUCCACCCUGAUGAUUUUUGCUCCGAGCCCCAGUCUCACCAGCUUCGUCAGGCUGUGGAACUCCUCCCCCAGGGUCAUGGUGUGGAACAUGUUAAAGGUCAGAUCUAGGUCUCUGAUGUUCUGUGCUAACAGCAAGUACCGUUGAUCAGAUAGGUUCUGGAGCUGGUUGUGUGAGAGGUCCAGACUCUCCAGGAGCGGUGUGGGAUGGAACGUCUCCGGAUCUAUAUCCUCCAAGACAUUCCAAGACAGGUUGAGGAACCUCAGGUGAGUUGUGACUUGGAAAUCCUCAUGGCCAAGUUUGUGUAUGUUAUUCUGGGAGAGGUCCAGGGCUUCGGUGCAUGGCGGUAGGUUUCCAGGAACAGAGGAUAAGUUUUUGGAGGAGAGGUUGACAAUAAUGGUGUGGAUUUCUGAGGAGGAGGGGGUGCAGUGAUGGACUCCCAUUAACACAGCCACAGCCCAGAGGGUGACUGCCACAGCCCUCAUCUCUGGAGAGGGACAAGAGAAAAUUUAACAAACAAUGUUCGUGUAAAAGAGGUAGUCUAUAAUAUUGUGUGUCGUGUGCAGUGAAUCAUGAUAAAAUCAUUGGCCUUCAUUACAAUGUGAAUAAAGGUUUUGGUUCCUGUUUUCGAUAUGAAUGUUAUUCAACUUGCAGUGUUCUUAGGGUAUUCGCAAAACAAGAGCUUCCUUGUUUUAUUAUAAACUCUUAAAUAGACUAAUUUUGGUCUAUUGUACAGUACAGAAACUCACAAAUGUCUUAAAAACAAGUCUGCAACACACACGCACACAGAAAGAGGACACAGACUGACCUGUCUUUUUCAGCGUCCUAUGGCUUUUCAAGUGAUGUGUUUGUUGAGAUAAUGUUCAGUCAGUCACAGUAAGUUCGUCUCUCACUUUCAGAUAAAUCUCUCUUUUCCUUAGUGAUUUCUCUCAUUCACACUCAUCCAAUCAACCUAUCACUCUAACUCUAACACUCUCUCUGAUCAUACAGUAAAUGUUGAGCAGAGGGGAAACAGACGUCAAACCAGGCCAUUCAAAUGUGCAGGCAACUUCUGUUCCUCCUUCACUCACAUCGCUUUCUCACUUCCUUUUUUAUUCACAGUGAUGGGCAAGGAAUUGAGUGCUUGACAGGAAAUGAAGUUUGGCCACAUGUCUGUGGAUUUGGCACAGCUAGUGGCUAUGAUAAUAUAUUACUCAAUGUAUGGCUUCAUUAUAAGAAUAUUACAUAGGACAUUUUAAGGUAGAUCUAACUUAUUGUUAUAUUGAUUUACAAAAAUGGGUAGGGUUGGAGGAUAUAACAACUGCAUAAGACAUUGGUUACACGGGCCAAUUCUUUCUUUUGCAAAUGGUCGGGGGGCCGGAAAAUGAAAAAUAUAUAUUUUUAGACUGCAAACUGACUGCAAGAAGCCCAAACAGAUAUAAUAUUUGACAAAACAUAAUCAUUUCAAACCUUGAUUACAUUUGGGGACAUUGCCCAGCGUAGGGAGCCGUCUUUCUGGAUGGGAUGUUAAAACGGGUGUCCUGACUCUGUGCUCAUUCAAAAUCCCAUGGCACUUAUUGUAUGAGUAGGGGUGUUCACCCCGGUGUCAUGGCUAAAUUCCCAACCUGGCCACAUUCCAUCAUGGCAACCAAAUCAUCCCCCUCAUUCCUAAUUGGCAUAAAUCACUCCUCACCUCCUCACUUCUCCACCUGAUAGCUGAUGUGUGAUGAGCGUUCUGGCACAAAAAUGGUCGCUGUGCAUCAUUGAGGUGGGUGCAACACAUUGAUGGUGAAUGAGGUGAGUUUCCCUCUACUAUGUAAAGCGCUUUGAGUACCUCAAUUGGUGGAAAAGCGCAAUAUAAAUCCAAUUGUUAUUAAUUGUAAACGAUCACGUCUCUCUGUUAUGCGUGGGAAUACUUGGGAACAGAUUUCCAAAAUUAAAAAUCCCUUGUGUUUUUAGUCUUUUAUGUCCAACAAAGAAAAUUCUAAAAAUAAAAACAAAUCACAUAUAGUACCAGUCAAAAGUUUGGACACACCUACUCAUUCAAGGCGUGUUCUUUAUUUUUACUAUUUUCUACAUUGUAGAAUAAUAGUGAAGACAUCACAACUAUGAAAUAACACAUAUGGAAUCAUGUAGUAACCAAAAAAGUGUUAAACAAAUCAAAAUAUAUUUUAUAUUUGAGAUUCUUCAAAUAGCCACCCUUUGCCUUGAUGAUAGCUUUGCACACUCUUGGCAUUCUCUCAACCAGCUUCACCUGGAAUGCUUUUCCAACAGUCUUGAAGGAGUUCCCACAUAUGCUGAGCACUUGUUGGCUGCUUUUCCUUCACUCUGCCGUCCGACUCAUCCCAAACCAUCUCAAUUGGGUUGAGGUCAGGGGAUUGUAGAGGCCAAGUCAUCUGAUGCAGCACUCCAUCACUCUCCUUCUUGGUAAAAUAGCCCUUACACAGCCUGGAGGUGUGUUGGGUCAUUGUCCUGUUGAAAAACAAAUGAUAGUCCCACUAAGCCCAAACCAGAUGGGAUGGCGUAUCGCUGCAGAAUGCUGUGGUAAAUCAAAUCAAAUCAAAUCAAACUGUAUUUGCCACAUGCGCCGAAUACAACAGGUGUAGACAUUACAGUGAAAUGCUUACUUACAAGCCCUUAACCAACAAUGCAUUUCUUUUAAUACAUUUUUAGAAAAAGUAUUAAAUAAAACAUUUAAAAAAAAAAUAACUAAAGAGCAGCAGUAAAAUAAAAUAACAGUAGGGAGGCUAUAUAUCGGGGGGUACCGGUGCAGAGUCAAUGUGCGGGGGCACCGGCUAGUCGAGGUAAUUGAGGUAAUAUGUACAUGUGGGUAGAGUUAAAGUGACUAUGCAUAAAUAAUAGACAGAGUAGCAGCAGCAUAAAAGAGGGACGUGGGGGUGGGGGGGCAGUGCAAAUAGUCUGGGUAGCAAUGAUUAGCUGUUCAGGAGUCUAAUGGCUUGGGGGUAGAAGCUGUUGAGAAGCCUUUUGGACCUAGACUUGGCGCUCCGGUACCGCUUGCUGUGCGGUAGCAGAGAGAACAGUCUGUGACUAGGGUGGCUGGAGUCUUUGACAAUUUUGAGGGCCUUCCUCUGACACCGCCUGUUAUAGAGGUCCUGGAUGGCAGGAAGCUUGGCCCCAGUGAUGUACUGGGCUGUACGCACUACCCUCUGUAGUGCCUUGCAGUCGGAGGCCGAGCAGUUGCCAUACCAGGCGGUGAUGCAACCAGUCAGGAUGCUCUCUAUGGUGCAGCUGUAUAACUUUUUGAGGAUCUGAGGACCCAUGCCAAAUCUUUUCAGUCUCCUGAGGGGGAAUAGGCUUUGUCAUGCCCUCUUCACGACUGUCUUGGUGUGUUUGGACCAUGAUAGUUUGUUGGUGAUGUGGACCCCAAGGAACUUGAAGCUCUCAACCUGCUCCACUACAGCCCCAUCGAUGAGAAUGGGGUCGUGCUCAGCCCUCCUUUUCCUGUAGUCCACGAUCAUCUCCUUUGUCUUGAUCACGUUGAGGGAGAGGUUGUUAUCCUGGCACCACGCGGCCAGGUCUCUGACCUCCUCCCUAUAGGCUGUCUCAUCGUUGUCGGUGAUCAGGCCUACCACUGUUGUGUCAUCAGCAAACUUAAUGAUGAUGUUGGAGUCGUGCCUGGCCAUGCAGUCAUGGGUGAACAGGGAGUACAGGAGGGGACUGAGCACGCACCCCUGAGGGGCCCCCGUGUUGAGGAUCAGCGUGGCAGAUGUGUUGUUACCUACCCUUACCACCUGGGGGCGGCCCGUCAGGAAGUCCAGGAUCCAGUUGCAGAGAGAGGUGUUUAGUCCCAGGAUCCUUAGCUUAGUGAUGAGCUUUGAGGGCACUAUGGUGUUGAACGCUGAGCUGUAGUCAAUGAACAGCAUUCUCACGUAGGUGUUCCUCUUGUCCAGGUGGGAAAGGACAGUGUGGAGUGCAAUAGAGAUUGCAUCAUCUGUGGAUCUGUUGGGGCGGUAUGCAAAUUGGAGUGGGUCUAGGGUUUCUGGGAUAAUGGUGUUGAUGUGAGCCAUGACCAGCCUUUCAAAGCACUUCAUGGCUACAGACGUGAGUGCUACAGGUCGGUAGUCAUUUAGGCAGGUUAUAUUAGUGUCCUUGGGCACAAGGACUAUGGUGGUCUGCUUGAAACAUGUUGGUAUUACAGACUCAGUCAGGGACAUGUUGAAAAUAUCAGUGAAGACACUUGCCAGUUGGUCAGCACAUGCUCGGAGUACACGUCCUGGUAAUCCGUCUGGCCCUGCGACCUUGUGAAUGUUGACCUGCUUAAAAGUUUUACUCACAUCGGCUACGGAGAGCGUGAUCACAUAGUAAUCCGGAACAGCUGGUGCUCUCAUGCAUGCUUCAGUGUUGCUUGCCUCGAAGCGAGCAUAGAAGUGAUUUAGCUCGUCUGGUAGGCUUGUGUCACUGGGCAGCUCGCGGCUGUGCUUCCCUUUGUAGUCUGUAAUAGUUUUCAAGCCCUGCCACAUCCGACGAGUGUCAGAGCCGGUGUGGUACGAUUCAAUCUUAGUCCGGUAUUGACUCUUUGCCUGUUUGAUGGUUCGUCGGAGGGCAUAGCGGGAUUUCUUAUAAGCGUCCGGGUUAGAGUCCCGCUCCUUGAAAGCGGCAGCUCUACCCUUUAGCUCAGUGCGGAUGUUGCCUGUAAUCCAUGGCUUCUGGUUGGGGUAUGUACGUACGGUCACUGUGGGGACGACGUCAUCAAUGCACUUAUUGAUGAAGCCAGUGACUGAUGUGGUGUACUCCUCAAUGCUAUCUGAAGAAUCCCGGAACAUAUUCCAGUCUGUGCUAGCAAAACAGUCCUGUAGCUUAGCAUCUGUUUCAUCUGACCACUUUUUUAUUAACCGAGUCACUGGUGCUUCCUGCUUUCGAUUUUGCUUAUAAGCAGGAAUCAGGAGUAUAGAGUUUUGGUCAGAUUUGCCAAAUGGAGGGCGAGGGAGAACUUUGUAUUCGUCUCUGUGUGUGGAGUAAAGGUGGUCUAGAGUUUUUUUCCCUCUGGUUGCACAUUUAACAUGCUGGUAGAAAUAAUGUAGAACAGAUUUAAGUUUCCCUGCAUUAAAGUCCCUGGCCACUAGGAGCGCUGCCUCUGGAUGAGCGUUUUCCUGUUUACUUAUGGCCUUAUACAGCUCAUUGAGUGCAAUCUUAAUGCCAGCAUCGGUUUGUGGUGGUAGAUAGUACAGCUUAUCAUGAGAUACUCAUGAGAUACUCUACCUCAGGCGAGCAAAACGUAGAGACUUCCUUAGUAUUAGAUUUUUUGCACCAGCUGUUGUUUACAAAUAUACACAGACCGCCACUCCUUGCCGGAGUCUGCCGUUCUACCCUGCCGAUGUAGCGUAUAUCCCGUCAGCUGUAUGUUGUCCAUGUCGUCGUUCAGCCACGACUCGGUGAAACAUAAGAUAUUACAGUUUUAAUGUCCGUUGGUAGGAUAACCGUAAUCUUAGGUCGUCCAAUUUGUUCUCAAAUGAUUGAACAUUGGCUAAUAGGAUUGAUGGAAGAGGCAGUUUACUCGCUCGCUGUCGGAUCCUUACAAUGCACCCUGACCUACGUCCACGAUAUCUCCGUCUCUUUCUCAUGCGAAUGACGGGGAUUUGGGCCUUGUCGGGUGUCUGUAGGAUAUCCUUCGCGUCUGGGUCGUUGAAGAAAGAAACGUUGUCCAAUACGAGGUGAGUAAUCGCUGUCCUGAUAUCCAGAAGCUCUUUUUGGUCAUAAGAGACGGUGGCAGAAACAUUAUGUACAGAAUAAAUUACAAAUAACGCGAAAAAACACACAUAAUAGUACAAUUGGUUAGAGGGCUGUAAAACGGCAGCCAUCUUCUCCGGCGCCACUGGUAGCCAUGCUGGUUAAGUGUGCCUUGAAUUCUAAAUAAAUCACAGACAGUGUCACCAGCAAAGCACCCCAACACCAUAACACCUCCUUCUCCAUGCUUUACGGUGGGAACUACACAUGCGGAGAUCAUCCGUUCACCCACACCGCGUCUCAAAAGACCAAAGGACAACUUUCCACCGGUCUAAUGUCCAUUGCUCGUGUUUCUUGGCCCAAGCAGGUCUCUUCUUCUUAUUGGUGUCCUUUAGUAGUGGUUUCUUUGCAGCAAUUCGACCAUGAAGGCCUGAUUCACACAGUCCCCUCUGAACAGUUGAUGUUGAGAUGAGUCUGUGACUUGAACUCUGUGAAGCAUUUAUUUUGGCUGCAAUUUCUGAGGCGGUAACACUAAUUAACUUAUCCUCUGCAGCAGAGGUAACUCUGUGCUUCCAUUCCUGUGGUGGUCCUCAUGAGAGACAGUUUCAUCAUAGUGCUUUAUGGUUUUUGCGACUGCACUUGAAGAAAAGUUCUUGACAUUUUCCGUAUUCAAUGACCUUCAUGUCUUAAAGUAAUGAUGAACUGUCGUUUCUCUUGCUUAUUUGAGCUGUUCUUGUCAUAAUAUGGACUUGGUCUUUUACCAAAUAGGGCUAUCUUCUGUAUACCCCCCUACCUUGUCACAACACAAUUGAUUGGCUCAAACGCAUAAUGAAGGAAAGAAAUUCUACAAAUUAGCUUUUAAGAAGGCACACCUGUUAAUUGAAAUGCAUUCCAGGUGACUACCUCAUGAAGCUGGUUGAGAGAAUGCCAAGAGUGUGCAAAGCUGUCAUCAAGGCAAAUGGUGGCUAUUUGAAGAAUCUCAAAUAUAAAAUAUAUUUAGAUUUGUUUAACACUUUUUUGGUUACUACAUGAUUCCAUAUGUGUUAUUCCAUAGUGUUGAUGUCUUCACUAUUAUUCUACAAUGUAAAAAAUAGUACAAAUAAAGAAAAACCCUUGAAUGAGUAGGUGUGUCCAAACUUUUGACUGGUAGUGUAUGUCUCUCUAUUAUGCGUGGGAAUACUUGAGAACAGAUUUCCAAAAUGAAAACCCAUUGGAGCUGAUUUCCUGGUGUUUUUACAGUAUUCUAUGUCCAACAAUGAAAAUUCUGUAAAAAAGUGUAAUAGUAAUAAUUUGCUCAGAAAACUUGGGGGGCCAAAUAAAACCACCCGCUGGCCAAAUUCGGGCUGCCAGUUGGGGAACCGUGCCCUAGACCAGGCCUGGGCAAUUCCAGUCCUCGGGGGCCUGAUUGGUGUCACACUUUUGCCCCAGCCCCAGCUAAACACCUGACUCCAAUAAUCAACUAAUCAUGAUCUUCAGUUAAAAAUGCAAUUAGUUUAACUCAGCUGUGUUUGCUAGGGAUGGGGCAAAAGUGUGACACCAAUCAGGCCCCUGAGGACUGGAGUUGCCCAGCCCUGCCCUGCCCCAGACCAAUGAGCCCUGCCGAUCCUGAUUGAGAAAAGCUUGGGUAUUUUAAUAGCCACCCAUUACGCAUUUUCAAAGACAGGGCUUGUUGGUCUGGGGGUAUGGUUCUUGCUUUGGGUGUGAGAGGUCAAGGCUUCAAAUCCUGGAUGAGCCCUUCUUUUGAAAAUUAGGGCUUUCAAGUCUGACCCCUUGCCACAUUCACAGUGUGCUUCUAAACACUCCCACUUAACUCCUCCCUGGGCCCGGCGUUGACUUUACAGUGAGCUGCUCACUCCCUUUGACCCAUGGAUUCAUGUGCUUCUCCAAGAGAGUGCAAGAUAAUGCAUAUUUUCAUCCCAUAUCCAGCAGUUGUAAAGUUGCCAAUGGGAACUGAUAUAUUUAGCCUAGCAUCCCAAGAUGUAUCCCACCAUAUACCAUCACUGAUCUACUGUUUGAUAUACUUUAUACAUUUUAGCCCAGGCAGCUCAAAGGUACAACGUCAUACUAGUGCAGUUCUUUUUGUGGGUAGGCCUACAUUUGUGCUGUAUCAUUGCAACCAUGCUGAUGUCAGGUCAGGUAGAGGUGAAGGAUAUCCAUUUUCCAGCUAAAUUGAACCUAAUAAUACCUGUGACACCUUAAUGAUAAGGUGCUGUGUCGCCAACCACCACUUUACACCAACUGGCAUCUUCAAAGCUACACAAACAAAAACAUUAAGGAUUUGGCAGAUGGAGUUGUUUCUGUUUCUUUGUAUUUCCUAAAAUUGGAUCAAAGAUAGGUAAACACACACACACACAAUUUGCAGAACUGAAUCAGAGCAAGAGGAACAUCAUGUCUGUUUUUACCUGUCAUCAUCUUUAAUAAAAUCUAGGAUAACAGUGAGGCCAGGCUUGAACUGAUUUGGCCAUAAAACCACAGGGAACUCUCCAUUUUUCCUCAGUAUUCUUUGUGCCCAAUGGCUGAACUAUAUUCUAUUUGGCUCUGAUUUCAUAAAUCCAAUUGACAUAUGGGUUUUAUCUUGUGGAUGUGCCCCACAGCUAAACCCUUAACUCGACCUUAUUGUGGCUAUUUCUCAAACAGGACAUUUUGGGUUUGAAUAGCUGCAAGAACAAGCCAAUAUUUUCCUUAUUAUCCAUUUGGUUGUAAUGAUUCCAGUAUGACGGUGAGAUCGAUGAAAAUAAAAUGAAGGGUGAAGCGAUAGAGAGAGUAUACGAUUUAGCAGGAGAAAGUGAUUGUGAGAUAGAGAGAUGGAGAGAGAGGGAGGGAGUAAGUGGGAGCCACAUCUCAGUCAUGGAGGUGAGGAUCAGAGUUCAAGCUAAUCAUUGACAAAAUAAUCACGCGUCUGCCUCAAAGGUGUGUGUGGGUGCGUGUGUUCCUGAGUGUAUGAGUCAGUGUUUGUGAGUGUGGUUGUGCGUGUACAAUGUACGUUAUGUGUCAGAAAGCAGGAGGGGAGAGAAAAGGAGGGAGGGAGAGAGGGAGGUAGAGUGGGAGGUAAGGAAGUCCAACCAGGUUAGCCUGUCAGAUGGAUACUACACCCCUCCUGGGCUCCACAUGUAGAAGUCUCAUUCUCCUCUACUCGUUCACUUCAAUCCCUUCAUCUACUCUUCUAUCAUGGAUCCCUCACCUUCUCAACAUCUGGACCCCUGAUACACAGGAACAGCCCCUCAGACAGAGACCAGCUUAUUUAUUCUGAAGGAUUUUGGAAAACUCUGGAGAGUAUCAUUCUUCUUCUUCAGGCUCCAAUAUGGCAACAUACCUUCUCUCUCUUCUCCUCUCCCUCUUCCUGACAGUGAUGGUCUGGGGUGGGGCUUUCUGUUCUCUGGGGGAGGGCAGGAGGCAGUGGCAGCAGCCCUCCACCCCAGAGCCCUUCAUCCAGAGCCAGUCCUUCCUCUAUGGGACCUUCCCUCCAGGGUUCCUCUGGGGCACUGGGACCUCUGCCUUCCAGACUGAGGGGGCUUGGGAUUGUGACGGCAAAGGCCCCUCAAUCUGGGAUCACUUCACUCACUCAGCCCCCCACCGAGGUGAUGGAGGUGUCGCAGACAUGGCCAGUGACGGCUACACCCGCUGGGAGGAGGACAUUGAGGCGCUGGGGUACCUCGGGGUGCGCUCCUACAUCUUCUCCCUCUCCUGGCCCCGACUCUUCCCCGAUGGGGUUGCCACAGGUCGGCCCAAUAGGGUGGCUGUGGAGCACUAUGGGAGACUGCUCGACAGGCUCCUGGAGAGGGGAAUUGAGCCGGUGGUCACCCUGUUCCACUGGGACCUUCCCCAGGCCCUGCAGGACCACUACGGGGGCUGGAGGAAUGACACCCUGGUGGGGUUGUUUGACGCAUAUGCUGCCUUCUGUUUCCGAACAUACGGUGGCCGUGUGAGGUACUGGAUCACCAUACACAACCCCUACCUGGUGGCUGUCCAGGGGUACGGGACGGGGAUGCACGCGCCUGGAGAGACAGGCGAUGCCACUGCCCCCUUCAAUGUGGCCCACAACCUCAUCAAGGUAAGUCAGGGUCAAGGGUUAAGGGUCAGAGGAUGAAAUUGCCCCUAGUCGUUGAUCUUAGGUCAGUUUUGUGUUUUCCCUCCAAUGGGAAUGGUUAGGAUUUCGGAAUGAAAAGUUGUUCCUAGUUCUGUGUCAAAGGGCAAUGACUAUCUGUACCCAUUUGGGAGAGGGGUCAGGGGGUUGUGUUGUAAAUUAGAACCCUUUGGAUAGAUUGACUCGUGUGAAAGGGUCUGUUGAACAGACCAUAGUACAGACUGAGACCCCGUUUAGUCAGACAGCCUGUCUAUGAACUUCAUACUUCUGUGGGUUUUAUCAGCUGAUGUGGUCAAUGAAUGUUUGCGUCUUUCAUUGGGUUCAAGACAUUGCAAAGAAAAUGAGUGAAGACAUAAAACUUUAAUAGCCAUGGUACAUGCUGUGCUUUAUUCAGUCAAUCAGGUUAAACUAAUCCAAAUGGUUUUAUGUUGUGAUAUUCAAUAUUCACUGUGCUCCUUCAGCAGCUAUUAGCAGUCAUUGACCUCUUGUUAAAAAGUGUGUUUACCUUCUGCUAUGAGAGGUUUAUUACAGCUGCAGUACUGUGAUUAGUAAACAGGACACCUAAGGAGACACUGGGGGUCUGUGACAGCAGCAGUUUUGUGGCAGAAAGACCGGCAAUGCAGCAAGAUGACAGGAUGUUAAGAAGGCUUCAUUAAUAAUCAGUUAUGUCCCAGUGCAUAUUCACACUGUACAGGUCCAAUGUCUGUAGUAUGUGCAAUGUCUCUGCCAUAAUGCAGUGCAUGUAUAACUGACCUACAUUUUAUUUAUUUAUUUAUUUUCAUUUCCAGGCACAUGCCAAAGCGUGGCACACCUAUGACACCUUCUUCCGCCCGACUCAGAAUGGUCAGGUGUCCAUCGUCUUGGGUUCCCAUUGGAUGGUGCCUAAGAGAGGCCAUGCCACACCAGUCAAUAUCGAGCUCUGCCAGCAGUCCAUGGAGGCGGUGCUUGGCUGGUUCGCCAAUCCCAUCUUCGGGGAUGGGGACUACCCAGCUUCCAUGAGAUCUACCCACAGGGGGCUUCUGCCUGAGUUCACCCCAGAGGAGAAGUCAUGGGUGCGGGGAACGGCUGACUUCUUUUCCCUGUCCUUUGGGCCUAACAACCUGCGUCUGAGCCUGAGCCUGGCCCAUUAUGGGCAGAUUGUGUCCCUGGACAUGAGGUGGGUGCUGGGCUGGGUGAGGCUGGAGUAUGGGGACCUGCCUGUGCUGGUGGUGGAGGGGGGCUGGUUCUCAGAUGCAGCUGUGGAGAGGGAGGAUACAGUGGCCAUCUACCAGAUGAAGAGGUUCAUCAACCAGGUGCUGCAAGGUGAGGAGGGCGCAGGGAGGAGGGAGGAGGGGGCCAAGGAGGGGGCAGAGGAGGGGGCAGGAUUAGGGAAAACAGAGGAGGUCAACAAGAGAGAGUACAUUUGACUGACUUACCCUGUUACAUACAUUUAACCUCUGAACUGUUGUGCUAUUUGUACUUCUGUGGUAACAGUGCAUCCUCAUCUCCUUCUCUCUGUGUUUGUUUGUAUCCAGCCACAGUGUUUGACGGUGUCAGAGUGUUUGGCUACACAGCCUGGUCUCUGGUGGAUGGUUUUGAGUGGAACUACGGCUACAGUGUGAGACGAGGUCUGUUCUACCUAGACUUCAGCCAGGCCAACAGAACCAGGGUUCCCAAGACCACCGCUCAGUUCUACAGGCAGGUCAUCAAGGACAACGGUUUCCUCAGUGAUGAGAUCACCGGAGAGGUCAAAGGGCGUUUCCCAUGUGACUUCCACUGGGGCAUAGCCGACUCCACCCUACAGGUGAGGGGAUGAGAAGGGGAAGAAAUUAAAGAGAGAGGGAGGAGAAAGGAAAGAGAGAUGGAGGAGAAAGGAAAGAGAGAGGGAGGAGAAAGGAAAGAGGGAGGAGAAAGGAAAGAGAGGGGGAGGAGAAAGGAAAGAGAGAGGGAGGCGCCAAUUAACGCGCUUUAUUUCCAUUACCCUAGCCCGGUGUAUGCGACCGUUCCCCUCUCGACUCUUUCGUCUCCCUUCCUCUCUUUCUUCUCCCUUCCCUCUGCGUUGUUAUUCUCCCCUUCCCGCUCUUGUCUUCUCCCUUCCGCUCUCGUUCUCUCCUUUCCCUCUCUCCUUUCUCUCGCCAAGCCGUAUCCGUGCUCCAGUAUCGCCUGUGUCUUCGUAACCCUUGCCCGUCUGCUUUCUGUCUCCUUCCCUCUCAUUGUCGUGCUCCUUCCCUCUCGCUUUGUCACACUUCGCUCGUCAUCAAGCAUACUCCGUUCGCCAUACGACGUGCUGCGCCCGCACUGGCGAGAUCUCCCCGUGCCGCUGCAUGGUCGGCCCGCCCUCACUGAUUUCGUGCGCCAUUCCCGGCGUGACUGCGCCGUGCCCCCGGGGCGUUCCGCGGUCCCCGUUUAGCGUUCUCCCGUCCCGCCGUGUGCUCCCUUCCCGCUCGUCUUUAGUGCGCACCCGGCGGUCUGAGCUCGCCUUCAUUCGACAGCGCGAUCCGCCGUCUCAGUCCCUUGCCAGCGACGGUCUGCUCCCGCCUCUCGAAGUAAACGGAUGACGUCGCUGUCGUGUCUGUCACGGCCUCAGCUGGGGCGAUCGCAGGCCGCGCUGCUCAGAAGCCCGCGGGCGGAUACUCCGUCUUGCUGGCCCAGCCACCGAGAUUCGUUCGACCUCCCGGCUUUGCGGCCCUUCCCUGCGUGCUAGUCAACUGCCCCUGGACUGCUUGCUGGCGUACCCGUCUCAGGCAGACGGCCAUCCUGGGUAUACGUACCGCCUACCUCGUUGGUGGCUCCCCACGCACGUGGGGCAGCCCCAUGCCCUCGUCUUAUUUGCCGCUCCCGUGCACUUGCUCCCGCUCGCCUAGCGUCGCCCGUCCCGCCUCUUGCUCCGCCGUCCCGCACGUGGCACUCCCUUCGACGUUGCUUCCGAUGCGGGACGCCCGCCGGCUUGACGACGUCACGCUGCGCCGCUCCACGUCUCUCCGCGCCGCAGGGGUCUUUUUUGCCUGCCCUGCCCUCUUCGCUUUCGGUUCGCGCCCUUCCCGCCUCGUGCUCUUCCCUGUCCCCCUGUCUCCCCUUCCCUCUUCUCGUCUCCCCUUCCCUCUCUCGUGUCUCCCUCCCUCUCUCUUUCUGCUGCCCUCCCUGCUCCGUCCUUCCCCGUCCCUCCGUCUGUGUUUCUCCCUCCCUCCUCUGUGUCAUCCUUCCCUCGCGUUCUUCCCCGCCCUCGCGGUGAUUUUAUUUUGCACACUGCUCUCCCUUCUUCUCUUGAUCUCGACAGAACAAUCAGCAGCUAGAUAAUGCAACAUAUGAAUAUACACAAAAACUAUAUACUUUCUUCUUUUAUCAAAGGUCCAUUUCUAUCCCUUCUCCCCUCAAUUCACCGACCCCCACCUGUACAGCUGGAACCUGACAGGGGACGGGCAACUGCAUCCUGCCAAGGGUCAGCUCCACAUCAGGGGGCACAUGUCACUGACUCCCUACCGGCCCAUCAUGUACCUGGGCCUCUUUGAGUCCACAGGGGCAUCUCUCAAUUACGCCCUCGGCCCUCAACCUGGUCCCAACAUCCUGCCCCAAGGACAUCUGUCUAAUGUGGACACAGAGGCCCUGAGGUAGAGACACAAACUGUAUAAUGUGUAUGUUUAACAUACAUGCACACAUGCAAACACACACUAAAAUGCAUGCCUGUAUGCAUACACACACUUUACAUUUCAAACUCUUUCUAACAGGUACUACCGCUGCUUCCUCACCGAGCUCCGCAAGCAGGGCCUGGAGGCUGUGGUCAUCCUCUACUACCCCACUAACAGAGUCCCUCUGCUGGGCUUGCCCGGCCCGCUGCAUGCCUCUGGCGGCUGGCUGAACCAGAGCACGGUGGAGGCCUUCCAGAGCUACGCAGCCCUCUGCUACAGGGAGCUGGGGCCCUGGGUGAGCUACUGGAUUACCAUCAAUGAGCCCAACAGACUGGUGGAUGCCUACAAGAGCGGAGAGGAGCAGCAUCUGGCAGCCCAUAACCUCCUCCUGGCCCACGCUAAGGCCUGGAGGCUCUAUGAGAGGGAGUAUCUCAGCCAACAGGGAGGACUGGUGUCCCUGGCCCUGCACGCAGACUGGGCAGAACCCGCCAACCCCUUCCUGGAGUCACAUGCAACCGCCGCUCAGAGAUUCCUGUUGUUUGAGCUUGGUCGUUUCCUAGACCCACUACUAGGGGGCAGAGAGGGGGAGGGUAAGAGUGGUAAGUACCCUCCAGAGGUGAGGAGGUACUUGGAGGAGAGGGCGAGGGUGAUGGGCCUCCCUGGAUCCCCACUACCGCACUUCACUGUCCAGGAAAAAGAGGAGCUAGGAGGGGCACUGGGCUUCAUUGCACUGAACCACUUCACCACGCGUCUCGUGUCACCACGCCCCCAUUCUCCUCAGACUUCCCCACCUAACCCCCAGCAACCUCAACCUCCAGACCAUGACUGCCUGCUGAUGUCUGACCACACCUGGGACUCCUCUGGUCUGGGGCAGGCGGUGGUCCCCUGGGGCCUCCGGAGGGUGCUGCGCUGGGUGAAGGAGCGGUAUGGAGGAGCCCUGCCUAUUGUAGUCACAGCCAGUGGGGUGGACGACCAGGCCGCUGUAAAGGAUCUGCUCAGGCAGCACUACAUCAGGAAUUACCUGCAGGAGGCCCUCAAAGGUGAGCCUCUCUCUAACCUCCUCAAACUCCCUUCAUACCCUCCAACUCCAGUCCAAUGAUAACCCACUAGUUUGUUCUUAUCAUAAAUAUCCUGGCGGUUCUAUACUGAUUUAUAUUGUUCGAAAAUAAACAGACCUCUCUGCAGUUUCUGCUGCAGACAGGUAGAGUUGGGCACUCAUUAGUUGCUUUAAGUAUGAGAGGUCAAAGGUGACUUUUCUCACAGAUCAUUUCCUAACACACCACAGCACACGGCCUUAUCACAUGAGCCCCCUCAUAAAACUCAUGGACUUUACUGUAUAAGGAACCUUUGAGAUCAUAAUGUUAAUCCCAGUGAGAACUGUCCUGUCCUGUACUGAACUAAACAUCCUGUGCAGUACUUUAGCCACAAUGUAGUUUCAAUUGGUUUAUGGCCCCACACAGGCUACAUCUUCUCUGUUGACAUUGCUUUUCUGUAUGUAGAAAGAGGGAUUCUGACCUCAAUUCUCCCUGUUUUCGCUCCCCUCCAGCUCGUCAGUUGGAUGGAGUCAACCUAAAGGGCUUCUACGUCUGGAAGCUGCAGGAUCGACACGUCCCUCAGUUCGGCCUAUUCACCUCUUCCCACCACCAGUCCCGACCCAAAGCCUCCAUAGCAGCCUACAGAGAGAUCAUUGAGCGCAGCGGUUUCCCUGGCAACAACGUCACAUCCUCCUGUAGGAUCAACGACCUCAGGAUGUUGUGUUCCAUCUGUGCUCGCAUCUCAGAGAACAAACUGCUGCUGUUCUUCGCUGCAUGUCUCCUCCUUACAUUAGCUAUGCUGGUGGGGGUCAUCAUCAUCAUUGUCAGGAGGAAGAGGACUAGGAGGAGGAGGGUGGGCUUGCCAGUGUGUCCCGUCCUGCUCGGGAGGAAGUGUCAGCCGUGGGAGAGAGUGUCACUACAGAAUGUGGAGGAUAGGAUCCGCGUGGUCCGC